AUGAGAUCCACAGAUCAUCCCACGCCCCAUCCAACAAUUCAGAGCACAUCUUGGGCAAUGAAUUUUGUGCGUCCUUUUCUGCAUCGUUUAACAUUGUUAUACAAGAUCGCCAAAUGUUUCUGGUUAUUCACAGAGAGUGAUUUUGCCACUUUCGUGAUUCCAAACACCACUUUCGGAGUCUGCUCUGCAAUUGCGGGCUAUCCUUUGGUAUCGACAUCUACAACAAGUGGGGUCUUAAAAAGACUUCCUGCAGUCAUCUUUUUCAAUUGGUCAAAUCUGCUUGUUUUCGACUUGGCUAAUCAGCGCCUAUGGGAAGCCGUUGAAGAAGACAGGCUCAAUAAGCCAUGGAGGCCUGUUCCUAGCGGCAAAAUAAGUCGCUCUGAAGUCAGGCAGGCUAUGCAAAUGAUUAUCCCACUCGUACUCGCAUUAAACCAUUAUUUUCUGAAUGUUGGGGCCGAAACGGCAUGCAUAUUGACUCUCACCUGGGUAUACAACGACUUGAAAGCGAGCGAUGACGGAUGGAUCCAACGGAACUUUAUCAUCGCUCUAUCGUUUGGUGUGUACAAUUGGAGUUCGCUGAAGGUUGCAAUUGGGGGUGGGGGGCUUUCAUCAACAGCGGAGAUUACUGAAGUCGGUCUCCAUUGGAUUACUUUGAUGAGUGGUGUCAUCCUUACCACCAUGCACAUACAAGAUCUAAAAGAUACCGUCGGAGAUAAGGAGCGUGGUCGCCAUACAUCACCGCUGGUUCUUGGGCAAAGGCUUGCUCGGUGGACGCUAGUCAUACCUAUCACCUGCUGGGGACCCAUCUGUAUGCAUUACUGGAAGCUUUCAUGGAUUAUGACCGUUCCGGCAACAGCGCUAGGAGUUUAUGUGGCAUGGAGAUGUAUUUCGUACCGGGGGAACACUGAAGAUCGAAAGACAUGGCAAUUAUGGUGUGGGUGGACGGCAUUGCUGUCGCUCAUGCCACUCCAAAUUUGA